CUUCUCCUCACACGCUUGCUUUCUUUGACAUGCCUCCUUAACCCCAAAAUUUCCAAUGCUGUGUCUCCUCCUUCCUUUCCCUGCCCUUUCUAAUUAAUCCUUUUCUUUCAAUCCAGACAAUUUCGUCAAGAUCUCAACACCCUCAUCAAAUUAUCAUCGAUCAAUCAAUCAAUUAAAAUAGAAUUCUAGGGUUUCUCAUUUCUUCUCCUUUUCAUCUAAUUCCCAAAAAAUUUCAUAUGCGACCUUCUGUUGAUUGAUCAAAAACCUUGCGAUAACAUGUACAGCAAUUUCAAGGAGCAAGCAAUAGAGUACGUGAGGCAAGCCGUACAAGAAGAUAAUGCCGGAAACUACUCGAAGGCCUUUCCUUUGUACAUGAACGCUCUUGAGUACUUCAAGACUCACUUGAAGUAUGAGAAGAACCCUAAGAUUCGAGAAGCUAUAACGCAGAAGUUCACCGAAUAUCUUCGGCGGGCCGAGGAGAUCCGGGCUGUGCUCGAUGAAGGUGGCCCAGGACCUGCUUCUAAUGGAGAUGCUGCUGUUGCUACUCGCGCUAAAACAAAGCCUAAAGAUGGAGAUGAUGGUGAGGAUCCGGAGCAGGCUAAAUUGAGAUCUGGAUUGAAUUCUGCAAUUAUUAGGGAAAAGCCUGACGUUAAGUGGAAUGAUGUGGCUGGACUUGAAAGCGCAAAACAGGCGUUACAGGAAGCUGUUAUUUUACCUGUUAAGUUUCCCCAGUUCUUUACAGGGAAGAGGCGACCGUGGAGGGCUUUUCUUUUGUAUGGGCCUCCUGGAACUGGAAAGUCUUACUUGGCCAAGGCAGUUGCGACUGAAGCAGACUCUACCUUCUAUAGUAUCUCUUCUUCAGACCUUGUCUCAAAGUGGAUGGGUGAGAGUGAAAAGCUAGUUUCUAAUCUUUUCCAAAUGGCACGGGAAAGUGCUCCUUCAAUUAUAUUCAUUGAUGAAAUAGAUUCCUUAUGUGGUCAACGUGGAGAAGGCAAUGAGAGUGAAGCUUCAAGACGUAUCAAGACAGAACUUCUUGUGCAGAUGCAGGGUGUAGGAAACAAUGACCAGAAAGUUCUUGUUCUUGCAGCAACCAAUACACCAUAUGCCCUAGAUCAGGCCAUCAGGCGGCGUUUUGACAAGCGCAUAUAUAUUCCUCUUCCAGAUUUGAAAGCGCGUCAGCAUAUGUUCAAAGUGCAUCUCGGAGAUACUCCUCACAACUUGACUGAAAGUGAUUUUGAAGUAUUAGCUCGCAGGACUGAGGGCUUUUCGGGUUCAGACAUUGCUGUUUGUGUCAAGGAUGUCCUUUUUGAGCCGGUACGUAAAACCCAGGAUGCCAUGUUCUUUGUCAAGACUCCUAAUGGUAUGUGGGUACCAUGUGGACCAAAGCAACCAGGUGCAGUCCAAAUUACCAUGCAGGAGCUGGCAGCACAAGGACUCGCAUCCCAGAUCCUUCCCCCUCCCAUCACAAAAACUGAUUUUGACAAGGUCCUUGCAAGACAAAGGCCAACUGUGAGCAAAAGCGAUCUUGAAGUUCAUGAGAGAUUCACGAAGGAGUUCGGAGAGGAAGGUUAAUCAAUAUGGUGAUAGGAUUGACUCACGCUCUUGAGUUCAACUGCUAUAAUUUGUAUUUUAAUUUAUUGCUGUUGGAUCCAAUGCUUUAUCUUUACUUUUUCAUAGGGGAAGCUGACUUCACUUUCCCUUUGUAUUCGGAAUCUGAGAUGGAAAUACUGAGUUGGAUACUUGUUCAAUUGCUUGUCUGAAAUUGUGUAAAGAAGAGUUUUAGAAAUAUCAUUGCCGAAUGUUAUAUUACAUCA